AUGAGUAAUUUGGAGAGAAUUGAAGCAGAUUUGGGUAGAGCAAGAGAGGCGAUCCGGAAAGCAGUUCAUGAAAAGAAUCAAACGUCUAAUUACAAGGAAAACGACGAUGUGAUCAUCCCAAAAGGAUCAGUUUACAGAAACGCACAAUCUUUUAUCACACUAUGAUGAUAUGUAUGAUCGAUCAGGAGCUACGUAGAGAUGGAGAAAAGAUUGAAGGUGUGGGUUUACAGGGAAGGAGAGCAUCCGCUGGUUCACACCGGGCCCUUGAAUGACAUCUACGCCAUCGAGGGGCAGUUUAUAGACGAGAUGGAGAGUGGUAAGAGCCGCUUCAUGGCUCGCCAUCCCGACGAGGCACACCUAUUCCUCAUUCCUAUCAGUGUAGCCAACAUCGUCAACACUCUUUACAAGCCUCUUGUCACGUAUAACCGUGAUCAACUUCAAAGGGUGGUUAUGGAUUAUAUCGGCGUUAUAGCUGAAAAAUACCCUCACUGGAAUAGAAGCCGAGGUGCUGACCAUUUCUUGGUUUCUUGUCACGAUUGGGCACCAGACAUUUCACAAGUGAAUCCUAAGUUAUACCAAAACUUCAUUAGGGUUUUAUGCAAUGCCAAUAUAUCAGAAGGGUUUAAGCCACAAAGAGAUGUCUCCAUUCCAGAAAUCAACAUACCGUAUGGAAAAUUUGGUCCAACCCCGCAAAAUACAAGCCUCGACAAGCGUUCAAUCCUUGCCUUCUUCGCCGGAGGAUCUCACGGCCACAUAAGAAAGAUCUUGCUUGAGCAUUGGAAGGACAAAGACAAUGAAGUGCAAGUGCACGAGUACCUAAAAAACAAGAAAGACUACUUCAAGUUAAUGGGUAAAGCCAAGUUUUGCUUGUGCCCUAGUGGGUACGAAGUGGCAAGUGCUAGGGUGGUCACAGCAAUUUCCGUGGGGUGCGUCCCCGUGCUCAUUUCCGACGACUACGUAUUGCCCUUUAGUGACGUUCUUGACUGGAGCAAAUUCUCCGUUUACAUUCCGUCGAAAAAAAUACCCGAAAUCAAGACAAUUUUAAGGGGGAUUUCGCCCUCGAGGUAUUUGGAACUGCAAAAGAGAGUGAUGGAUGUGCACCGGCAUUUUACUAUCCAUCGCCCUGCUCAACCUUACGACAUGCUUCACAUGGUGCUUCACUCGGUCUGGUUGAGAAGGCUUGAUGUUUCGUUGCUAUCUUGA